AUGCUGCGACACCUUGCAAGGCUUCAUUACAAGCCAUCCUUCAGCAGCAAACAUUGCUUUCGCGGUUCUACAACAUGGACGCUAUGUAUCAUCAGGGGUUACUACGAGGUCACAGCAAAGCAACUUUCGUUAGAUUGGAACAGACAAGGAUGCUGGAGCGUUGCAGGACUUACUUCGCAGACUUAUUGCUUGGCAGACGAAUAUGAGUUGGAUGGUAUCUGCACGAAGCUUCCUAUAGACGGCUAUUUUGUACAAAACAACUACGAGGACAUGCUCCACAUCUCAAAUGCACAAUCUGGUGGGGAUGUCUACCUGUUCAGCAAUGGUACAGUGGUAUUUUGGGGAAGUGAUCAGGGGAAGCAGGCUGGAUUUUUGCAUUUCAUUAGACAGCAGCAAUCUACAUCAAAAGCCGUUGAAUCAAAGGAAGUGGUAGAAUACACAAUUGACGAGGACGAGGUGACAGAUAUGAAGGGUGAUAUCGUGAUUUUGGAUCCAUACAUCCCAUCUGUUGAUUUGUCGAAAAAUGCCUUUUCGCAUGGACUUGGACGAGCAGCCAAACUGAGUAGCCCGAGCAAUCCCUCAACAGCUAUCUGA